GUCAUCGAAAGCUGUGCACGCUUUGUUUUUAGUUACAGUAAGGGAUGCCCUCUCCACUGAAGAAGCUUGCAGCUGCAAAUAGAGACAUGCCUGAGGAUAAGAAGGCCAAGGAGAAUGGUGCUGAUGACCAGGAAUCUGAUGUGGAAUCAGUUAAUGUCUUCAAGGUGGAGAUCCUCGACUCAAAGAGGGAAAGAAAAGAGUUCCCAGAGAAAGGGAUGUUGAAUGGCUGGGUAUCUGAGCACAUUGUUGAGAAAGAGGAGAUGAAAGUGAACAAGAAUGACUUGUAUGAUGCCUACAUUGAUGCCUGUAUGGAAUCUAACAAACCUGGAGUAGAGAUACACAUACUCAUGAAGCACAUCAAUUCUGAGUGUCCAAAGGGAUUUGGAAUCAAUGAGAAAUCUCCUCUAUAUGGCAAACUUAAGGAGUUUAAGAAUAAGCCGAAGACAACAAAAGUACAGGGUGAGACAAUGGGUCUAAAGAUCAAGGACAUCCUGGCACAGGCUUUUGAAGAUCUUGGUAACCCUAAAAAAGGCCUGCGACCUUUGGCUCUAAGGAACCACAUUGCAAUGCGUUACCCAGCCCUUCGUGUGGACAUCCAUCCAAAUUUGGUUAUGAAUGCCAUAAAUCGGGGUGUGACAUAUGGCAAAAUUAACUUGAUCAAAGGUGUUGGCAAGGCAGGUCUCUACCGUAUGCCCCUCACAGCAGAACAAGAAGAGGCUGAGAAAAAAGAAGAAGAAGAGGAAGAAAAGAAGAGGUCCGAAGAAAGGUUGAAGAAGAAGAAAGAAGCUGCUGGCCUGGAUCCUAAUGCUGAUGAUGCAGAGAAGAAAGAUGGAGAAGCAAAUAAAGAAGUAAAGAGUGAAGCAAACGAAGAUGAUAAACCAAAAGAAAAUGACACAAAAGAGGGAGAAGGAAAAACAAAGAAGAAAAGGAAGAAGUCAGCAGCAGCAAGAAAAGUGAAGAAGAGGAAGACAAGGAGGAGAAUUGUCCACAGUGACCCACAAACUGUGGCAGAGGCCUUCCAGAUGGCCAUGACUUACAUGUCUGAUCCUAAGAUAGCAUCUGCUAAGAAAAUCAAGGAAUACAUAAGAGACUACUACCCUGAUAUUGAUGUAGACAAACGAGUACCAACUGCACUUCAGAGAGGGCUAGAUAAAGGCUAUUGGGUACAAUUUAGUGGCAGUAAUGUUAGCAAUGGAUCAUUUGAACUAACUGUCGAAGAGUUUGAUCCUUCAAGAGAUAAUGAUCUUGAGGACUUGAUCAUCAAUGCAAUAGUGGCUAAUCAUGAACCUAAGCAGUGCUCCUUCAAGCUCCUUAAGGAGUACAUCACUGAGUAUCAUCCACAGUUCAAAAUAGAUGAUAAUCCUGGUAGGAUGAGGCGAGCCUUAGAGAAUGCAUUGAAACAUGAAUCCAUAAUUCAGAUAUCUGGGAUUGGCUGUACAGGUACGUUCCAACUAGGUGACCCCUUCACCCCAUCCCCUGCUGCAUUGGCUGGACAGGACACACCUAGUGAUUAUGAAUCUGAUAGUGAGGAAGAAAUGUUUCAUGAUGAUGGCGUUGAUUAUUCAGGAUAUGAAAAACCUGUAGCUUAUGUACCACAUAGAAACCCACGUAACCGAGGCCGUGAGAUUAAAACGGUAGCUAGAUUCGAUGCUUCUUCUGAACCUUCCAGGCCAAGAGCAGUAGUUAGAAGUGGAAAAGGUGCAAAGAAAUCAUCAAGAGGAGGAUCGAAGGUUACCUAUAUAGACACCAGCGAUGAGGAAAGCUCAGAAGAAGAGGAAGAACCCCCUAAGCGUAAAAGGAAACAGAAAAAAGGAAAAACCAUCAAGAAAGAAGCUCCUCGCAAGAGUGCCUCAAAAAGGAAAGCUAAACAGGAAAGUGAAUCUGAAGAAAGUGAAGAAGAGGAAGCCCCAAAAUCUAAAAAAUCUAAAGCCAGUCCCAAAAAGAAAGCAAAAAAACCUGUCAAGAAAGAGAAGAAAGUGAUAUAUAAAGAAGAUAGUGAAGAUAACGAUUCUGACGAUGAGCCUUCCCACCAUUCAAAGAAAAAAGCCGCUACAGUCAAACGUCAAGCUCAUGGACGUCAAUCAUCACGCGGAGGAGGUCGGGGAGCCACCGCAAAUGUCUCAUAUUAUGAGGACAAUGGUAGUGAAAGUGAUAGCGACUUUGAAGUCAAAAAAAGGAAAAGUUCCCCUAAAAAGUCACCUAUUAAAACUAAGGCAGCGAGGAAAGAGAUCCCUGAAAAAACUCAGAAGAAGGCCGAGAAGUCAAAGAAGAAAAAGGCUGGGAAACGUAGAUAGGCAUUGAAUGUGUAUAAACUAAAAUAGUACUCAGAUAUGAAAAAGCACAAGCCUAGUUCGGAUAUUUAUACUGAGAUUCAAAUAAACCUCUAUUAUAUGGAUUUAAAUGGUAAUCUCUCUGGAUCCUAUUACAAAUAUCCUCAUUUAGGAAAAUUUAAUAAAUAUUUUAAGUUGACCAAAUCACAUUAAUCGCAUAUCCAAUUAGAUUGUUCAUUGUACUUUUAUGGAUGUACAGGGUGAGCCAAAAAAGGUAACCCCAACAAAUCUU